AUACAGAGAGAGAUAUAGAGAGAGUGCUACAGAUAAAGAGAGAGAGAUAGAUACAGAGAGAUACACAGAAAAAUAGAGAGAGAUGGAUACAGAGAGAAAGAGAGAGAGAGAUACAGAAAGAGGGUGGCAGUCUUGCUCAGUGGUUGGCUCUAUCAGUACAGUGACGCAGUGUGCACUUAAUCAGAGGCAGUGCGUUUCUGGGCAGUAGGUGCACAUGGUGGUGGUGGUGGUGGUGGUGAGGGGUGGACAGUAGUUGACGCCUGGAAAGAGAGGAAGAAACUGCAGAGGAGCUCGGAGCUCUGGACAGGAACUAUGGCUGUGUCUCGGACAGUGCUGCUGCUGGUGCUGCUGAUUAUGGUCAGUGUGGGAAACUGGGCUCGAGGCUGGACUUUCUCCUGCCCUCAGAUCUGCCGCUGCAGCCCGGACAGAGUGACCUGCACCAGACACACUCAGACCCAGAACUCAUCCCCCCGGAUCAGCAGCCUAAGACUGAUGCAUCUGCCUUUCAAAGAGGUGGCCAGCAGGACCUUCAGAGGUCUCCUCAACGUGUCAAGAAUUGAAAUUUCCCAGAGUGACUCAAUCAGGACGAUACAAAGUGAGGCAUUUCUCUCCAUCCACAGCCUCGAAGAAAUCUUAAUACAGAAUAUCAAUCAGCUGCUGGUCAUUGAAAACGGUGCCUUCACAGACUUGCCCAAAUUAAAAUACCUGAGCAUCUGUAAUACAGGAAUGAGGCAUUUCCCAGACCUCUCCACCAUCGCCUCGAUGGAGCUAUAUUUCUUCCUGGAGAUCGCAGACAACACACACAUGAACAGCAUUCCAGCCAAUGCAUUCCAAGGUAUAUCCAAGGAGUACAUGUACAUGAAUCUGGUGCGGAAUGGAUUCACCGAGAUCAGAUCUCACGCUUUCAACGGGACCAAGCUGGAUAAGCUAAUUCUGAAGAACAACAGGCAACUCACUAAAAUCCACGAUGACGCAUUAGUAGGAGCACUGGGACCCAAUCUGCUAGACCUGUCCUCCACUGCUCUCCGCUCGCUACCCUUACGUGGCCUGAGAGAUCUAAAGGUUCUGGUAGCUCGGUCUGCACCUGAUCUUAAGACACUACCCCCACUUGAGAGCCUUCAGGACCUACAAGAAGCAGAGCUCACCUACCCCAGCCACUGCUGUGCCUUCCACACCUGGAGACGCAACAACAGGGAGAAUGCCAUAUUCAGUCGCUUCAGGAACCUAACAAGGCUAUGUAAUAUGGACAACCAACCAGAUCUUAUGGACCCAUCAGCUGAAGACCUGUCUGACCUUUACGACAUCAACUUCCACUACCCAGAUUUGGAUUUAUGCGCCAGCAGCACUUCUUUCAAGUGCACCCCAGAACCCGAUGCCUUUAAUCCCUGUGAGGACCUACUGGGUUACGGAUUCCUGCGCUCCAUCACCUGGAUCAUCACUGUCUUCGCUCUUCUGGGCAAUUUAGCAGUGCUGAUAGUCCUGCUCUCGAGCCACCAGAAGCUGACUGUCUCCAGAUUCCUUAUGUGCAACCUGGCCUUUGCUGACCUGUGCAUGGGACUGUACCUGCUUCUGAUCGCACUGGUGGACUACCGCUCCCAGCAGGAGUAUUAUAACCAUGCUACAAACUGGCAGACAGGGGCUGGAUGUGGAAUUGCUGGGUUCCUGACAGUCUUUGCAAGCGAGCUGUCGGUCUACACUCUGACCAUGAUUACCCUGGAGCGCUGGCACACCAUUAACUACGCCAUGCAGAGAAAUAGGAGAUUGAGACUGCGACAAAUUAUGAGCCUGAUGGCUUUCGGCUGGGUCUUUUCAAUUCUGGUGGCUCUGCUCCCUGUGCUCGGCAUCAGCAGCUACAUUAAAGUUAGCAUUUGCCUGCCAAUGGACAUCGAGACCCCGGCUUCACAGGGGUACGUCCUAGUUGUGCUAGUCUUAAACAUGGCUGCCUUUUUAAUGGUGUGCUGCUGCUAUGUUGGAAUCUACUUAAGCGUGCACAACCCAAACGUUAUAACACGACAUGGGGACACCAGAAUAGCCAAGCGGAUGGCGGUACUCAUCUUCACGGACUUCCUGUGCAUGGUGCCCAUCUCGUUCUUCGCCAUCUCAGCUGCUUUGCGCAUGCCGCUAAUCACGGUCUCACAGUCCAAGAUCCUCCUUGUUCUUUUUUAUCCCAUCAACUCACUGUGCAACCCCUUCCUUUACACCAUUUUCACAAGAGCCUUUCGCAGAGACAUGUAUCUGCUUCUGAGCCGCUGUGGCUGCUGCCAGACGCAAGCCGAGUUCUACAGAGUGCAAGGUCUCUCAGCAGUCACCUUGGCUUCCAAGAACAAGAACUCUAGGAAAUCCCGUUCAAACCAGUUCCACGCGUACCACAUCAAGCUGCAGGGCUGCUUCUUCAACAAAGAUGCAACAUGAGAAGCGCGUUUCAAAAAAUCAUAGACUGAUAAUUCACCUGUUGCACUGGAGAAAUUAUGUAUAUACUGUACAUACUGUAAAUAUAUAUUACAGACUUUUUUAUGAAACUGAAUUUUCAAAUGGAUAUUUUCUUCAGAAAU